UCAAAAAAAAAAAUUAAAAAUGAAUAUUCAAAGUACUUCAAAUCCAGAAAUUGUAGAAGUUAAAGUUUUUGCCAAUGGAAGUGUCAAAGAGGAAGUUAAUGAUGAAGAUGGACAAUUUUCUCAAUUAGUUGAUCAAAUUUUGGAAAAAAAUACAUUUGUUGAAUUUAAUUUUACUAUAAGCUCUAAAGGGAGGGAAUUGUUGAGAAGAGAUGGUUUUGAAUUUCGUUUUGAAGGUGACAGCAAAAUUGAAGAAGGUAGGGAAGGAGAUUUUUGGGUUUAUUUAAAGGUUUGGUCUACCCCCUUUGUUGAUAUUAAGAAAAUUUAUCGAGCUGACAAUGGCCCUAGUGCUAUUAAAUUGGACUUUGGUAACAUGGCCAACGUUGGCGUUGGUUCGACUUGCAAAAGCACAGAAAUAUGGAGAUGUGUACAUCAACAGCCUUACUGCAAAGGCCGUAUUCACGUAAAAAAAGAUUUGUUGGUCCAUGAUGGCCAAAAAUUUAAAUUGGGAGUAGUAGUUAAUGGAGAACACAAUCACCCUGCAAAACACGAAGCUGUGAGGGAUGUUUUAAAUAUUUUGAAAGAACAGGCUUGUAUGGAAAAUCCGCUCCCUGUUAGAGAAGCUGUUAAAUUGGCACGGGAAAGUGUUCCUAUUGAUUUGAGAAAAGCGGGAGAAUGUUCUACUGCUACAAUGGGGAGGUGCUAUAGAAAUUAUUUGAAGAAAUUUAAAAAUCAAGCUAUGGAUAUCAAAAUUGAUAUAGACUCUGAACCACCUCCAUGUAAAUCUUCUUGGUGGUAUUGGUUUAGUAAACUUGAUGAGAAUUUGGCUGGAUGUAAAAAUUGUGAUUGGGUGAAGAGCCGAGGAAAUGCUAAAUCAACAAGUAUUUUGCGCAGUCAUUUAAAGUCUCGCCAUCCAGAUUUAUUUGCUGAGAAACUUGAGGCUGACCAAAAUUCUUCUAAAUGGAAAGCGCCAAAAAGGAAAGCACCACAGGACACUAAUUCUUUUGAAAUUGCUGUGAAGUCGGUUUCUGAAUGUUUGGAGCAAAGCAAUCAUUCUUUUGUGGCUAUUGAGAGUCCGGCACGUUCACAGGCUUCGCUUUCUGAUGUUCAUGAGUAUAAUUCUCUCUCUGAUACUAAUGAAGAAAAGCCUCCAACUAUUUUCGAUCAAUCAACAGGCAAACAAGAAAAUGGUCAAUCUAAUAAUGAAAAAAUUACUGAUAUGCUCAGAACUUUAUUUAAUCCAAAUAUUUAUCCUUUGGAUGAUAUUAUGGUUAUGUCAGCUACUGGAAUUAACAACAACACAGAUAAUUCGACUGGACUUUUAACGGAUAAUCAAUUAAACGAAAAUCAACAAAUCGUUAAAUUGUCCCGUAUUGAAUAUUUUUCGGCUGCUCAUCGACUCAACAAUCCAAAAUUGAGUGUUCAAGAUAAUAAUCAACUAUUUGGAAAAUGUAAUAAUCCAAAUGGACAUGGACACAAUUACAAAUUAAAAGUGGUUUUGGAAGGGCCAGUAAAUGCUGAAACUGGAAUGGUUUACAACUUGUCGGAUCUCAAACGUGAAAUCUCUCAAGUGCUUGAACUUGUUGAUCAUAAAAAUUUGGAUAAAGAUGUGGCUUAUUUUAGAGACAAUAACAUCGUUAGUACAACAGAGAAUCUCGCCAUUUUUCUCUUCGAUGAACUUCGUGCUCGAAUGGGCAAUCCAGAAUUAUUGAAAAAGGUUGUGGUUGAUGAGACUGAUAAAAAUAGCUUCACUUAUUCUGGUUAA